AUGCGUUGGAUAGGUAGCAAGGAUGCUUUCUCAGAAACAGCACAAAUGAGCUUCAACAAUAACGUCAAGCUCUGCGAUAACACACAAAGGGGAGCAAGAAAAGUGGCAAUUGUUGAGGGUAAUAUGGAAAAGGAGAAAAUCGUGAACAGUAAGCACUUUAAUCUUAUCACCAUUUGCAAGCUUACAUCGUCGAAAUCCUCUAUGUGGAUAUAA